AUGGCGCACAAACUCCAUAUAAACACAACCCACAUCCACAUGAAAUGGGACAAAUCACUUACUCCCAUCUUGACUGUUGAUUCCGGUUCUGAGAUAUCAUUCGAUCUUCUCGAUGGAGGCUCCAACCAAAUCACAGACACUUCAGACAUCAGCGCUGUUGAAAAUUUUGAUAUCGCAAAAGCCGAUCCUGCAUUUGGUCCCGUUUACAUCAAAGAAGCUUCCCCAGGCGAUGUACUAAAAGUUGAAUUUCUAACCCUCAAACCAGCUGAUUAUGGCUGGACAAUCUGUUUACCAGGUUCCUUCGGAUUCGGCCUACUAGCAGAUGAAUAUCCCGAAGCAUCACUCAAAAUCUGGGAUCUUUCAACCGGAGAAGAUUAUGCCGUGUUCAAGGAAGGAAUACAUAUUCCCAUCAAACCAUUUUUGGGAGUGGUGGGAGUAGCGCGGGAGGAAGAGGGGGCAUUUUCUACAGUUCCUCCUUAUGAUACCGGUGGGAAUAUCGAUUGCAAAUAUAUUACUCAAGGAUCUACUCUCUACCUUCCUGUCAAAGUUCCAGGUGCUUUAUUUAGUUGUGGAGAUGGCCAUGCGGCACAAGGAGAUGGGGAGGUUUGUGGGACGGCUAUUGAAACCCCUAUGAAGGCUACUAUACGUCUGACGGUUGAGAAGGGUAAACCAUGGAUUCAAAGUCCACAUUUUAUGGUUCCUCCUCAACCUGUCACGGUGGAUAAAGGAGAAUAUGCUGCAUUGGGGAUUGAUAGUGAUCUCAGAGAAGCGAGCAGAAAGGCAUUAAGAGGAUUGAUAGCUUGGCUUGUAGGAGAGAAAGGGUUGGACAGACAAGAAGCAUAUAUGCUAGCCAGUGUGGCUGCGCAUUUGAAGAUUGCGGAAAUUGUCGAUAUGCCAAAUUAUGCCGUGGCUUGUAGUUUGCCGUUGAGUAUAUUUGUUGGUGCUCCUUAUAUUUGA